CUCGGCGCCUGAUUUGAAGCUCCCUUCGUCAUGAAACUGGUCGUGUGCGUUGUCAUUGUAGGCAUAGCGGUGGCGGCCACGGAGCCCAUCGUGUUAGAAUAUCGCCAAGUAAUCGAGACGCGGGUCCAAGCAGAUACAUACAUUGCUCUUCGUCGAAGGGACUCGUCCACAUCCACUUCAACAUGCCCUUCAGGCAAGGAGCUCUGCUCCGCCUCCAACUAUCCCCAAAUCAACUCCUGCAUCCCAGCGAGUUCGCUGUGCUGCGAUUACACCUUUAGCGUGGGAUACUGUCCCACAUCUGCUCGCUGCGGCAGCGGUAGAUUUGCCGGCUGUUUCGCCCCUGAUCCCGCGACCCCGGUGGUAACCGUUGUUGCGCCGUCGACGACGCCUGUGGCUUCGGUCUCUGGCACUGCAGGGACAGCUUCGGGGGGUGGCUCGGGAGCGCCAGGUACGGGGCUCCCUACAGGGAGUAUUGUUGGGAUAUCGGUCUCUGUUGCUUGUUCAGUGAUAGGGCUAGUGUUUGGGAUUGGGUUCAAGAUCUGGAAGCACAAGAGGAAGGAGAAAUUGGGGAAUGCACCUGCUGUUGCGUGAAUCAUAAGGUGGUAAAGUCAAUUAUAAUAGGUAAUAUCUAGUUAUUUGUCUAUAUAUAGGUUCACAAUACUUAUACUGC